AUGAAAUUUAUUGAUGAAGUCGAUAUUGAGCUUGUCAACCAGGAAUUGAAUUUCCACUCACAAGAUAACAACCUUGUUAUCCGUGGAGGAUGUGAGCUAUUUGCUACAAAACCUAUGAGUACGGACUACAAAUUGUUCAAGACUAUUGACAAACACUUAGAUCAAAUUUUGGAAGAUUCUCAACUUUCUCAUUCCCUUGAAAGGGAACGCCAACAUUCCAUGAAUUCUUUAUUUGGAAGUAGUGCAUCUCCUCCACCUUCAAAUCCCGGGACACGAAGGGGAAGUUACAUUUCAGAGCGCGACAGAAGGAAUAGUGCUUCUCUGAUAAAUUUUCGAAGAAGCUCGUUGCUGAAUCCUUCUAGCAAUUCAACCCUAUCCAACUCCUUAAGCGAAAGUGGUAAUGUUACAGGUAGCAAUACAUCAUAUGAUAAUCCAGUAUUUGACGAAUCUCCUUUUGGCCCUUUAAAAAAUGUGACCACGAGAAAAACGUUCGCCUACUUAAUUGCGAUAUUAAAUACUACAUAUCCUGACCAUGACUUUUCCAAUCUACAACCGUCUACUGAAAACUUCCACAAGGUGAAUGGUCCUGAAGAAUUGAUAAACAAGUUUAACAAUGUGAUGGUAUCGUUAGGGAAAAAGGAAGACUUAUUGAAUUGGAUCUGGGAUACAGUGAAUCUGUAUAUGGACAUAAUUCCUCCGAAAUCUGCGUCGAAUAAUGGUUUUGCCAGAUCGAGGCAUAAUAGCAUGAAUGGAGGCGGAAACUACGCGACGCCUCUUUCACCAGCUGAAUCUCCCCCGAAUGGUAAUAGUUUUGAAGGGUGUCAAAUAUAUGAAUUUCAACCUACCGAUCAAUCAAUUCUUGAAGACUUGAAUUAUCCAUAUCAGGCAAUGUGGUCAUAUUAUUGGUUUAUUUACAAUAAGAAGAAGAAGAGGGUUUCAUUCUUAUACUUGACAGCAAUCAAUAAGAUACAUUAUUCUCUUAUUAAUAACGGAAGAUCUUCGUCAUUUAACAGAAGGAGAAAGCUUAGAAGUGCAAAUGGUAUUCUGAACGUAGAAAGUGCCAUCGAUGAUGACGAUGACGAAGAAGAAGAGAUGUACAUGGACGACUACGUAGAUGAAGAAGUGUUGAUAGAUGACGAUGACGAAGAUGUUGAGGAUAUGGAGGAUGAUGUAGUCGGGGACAUUGAAAUAUGA